UUUACAGUCGCUUAUCAAUCAUUUUCAUCGUUCUGUGCAUGGUGAGGGACUUAUUUGCUCUCUUCCGACAACGAAUCCUUAUAACUUAUACGGUAUCGAUUAUUUUUGGUUGAUUUUAGCAGAUAUGUCAUACUAUAUUAGAAAAAUACAGUUUUGAGCUGUACGAUUAAAUCGCCUUUAAUUUAUUAGAUAAAAUGGCCACCAAACGACCCCACUCCGAUACUCUCGACGAAUCUCCGUCGAAGAAAAGGAGAAAGAGUCAGGAAGCACAGACUAGCGAAGCGCAGACUGCCGAAGCGCCUCGCCGUGACACCCAAGAACUGGGUUUCAAAAUGCCCCGCAAAGAACCUUUGGAGGAGCUUUAUCUGAAGGGGAAGCUCCUCGGGCAAGGUGGUUUUGGAGCUGUCUAUGCCGGAAGUCGGAAGAGCGAUGGCCUCCCAGUGGCCAUAAAGUAUGCCAGAAAGGGUGGCAUGCAGAUAGAAAUGCUUGGAGUUGACGAGCCCGUCCCCAUGGAAGUGGCCAUAAUGACCCUCGUCAACCUUCCGACAUCUUGCAAGAACGUGAUUAAGCUAAUCGACUGGUUUGUUGGGACCAAUGAAUAUAUUAUGGUUUUGGAAAGGCCGGACCCAUGCCUGGACCUCCUCCAGUUCUGCAAUUCCAAAGGAGGAUUCCUUACUGAGGAAGAUGCUAAGCAUGUGCUGGUGCAGGUUCUCCGUGCUUUGCGUCACUGUCAGGAGGCUAACGUCCUGCAUCGUGACCUGAAGCCGGAGAACCUGUUAAUCAAAACAGACACUCUGGACGUCAUACUAAUUGAUUUUGGAUGUGGAGACGUCUGGAUGGAUGACUCCUACAGGGAAUUUGCAGGGACAAAUGCCUACGCUCCCCCAGAGUGGUUCCGGAAACGGAAGUACAGAGCUGGCCCUGCCACGGUCUGGUCGGUGGGGGUCACACUCUUUGAGAUGGUGUGUGGCUACCUCCCCUUCCGCAGCAAGAGGGCAAUUGUUUCCGGCCGCUAUAAAUUCCCACCAUGGGUCUCUCCAGACUGCCGUAAUAUAAUUGAACAGUGCCUUACGCUGAAAGUGGCAGAUAGGCUGACGAUGGAGGACAUUGAGCUCCAUCCCUGGUUGAAGUAGAGCUGACAGUGGGCUCAUUCCAAAAAAUACUUCUUGCCUCUAGAAAGAAACUUAACAUGUCACCAUUUGAGGCAAGGGAGAGGAAGUCACUGCUGAGUCUUGGGACAGGUAAGAGAAAACCGUCCUUGUGUCUCAUUCAUGUGCUCACCACGAAGGUCUUCAUGAUUUCUU